GACGAAGUCUGUAAAAGAGGAAGCCGGAAGUUAGGCGUUUGGAGCCACGCUGUAGACCCAGUUUAGCUCAGUUUCCCGCGGUUGGCUUCUAUCGGCCGGGCUGGAGCCCGGACCUGGGCCUGAGGUGAUUCCCCCUUGCGCAGGCCCAGUGUUCACUACCCGGCUCUGUCCCAAGCGAGGACUCUUUACGUGCCUACUGUUAGGUGAGACUAGGCAGUGCAAUCACCUGCCGACAGAGGGCGUGUUGCCAUAGAGCGGAUCCUAGUGACCAAGGUGUAGCCAUGGGCACAGCACUUGUGUACCACGAGGACAUGACAGCCACUCGACUGCUCUGGGAUGACCCCGAGUGCGAAAUUGAGUGCCCAGAGCGCCUGACAGCUGCCCUGGAUGCCCUGCGGCAGCAUGGCCUAGAAGAAAGGUGCCAGCGUUUGUCAGCUUGUGAGGCAUCAGAGGAAGAGUUGGGCCUGGUGCACAGCCCGGAAUAUAUAGCCCUGGUGCAGAAGACCCAGACCCUGGAUGAAGAGGAGCUCCACGCACUGUCUAAGCAGUAUGAUGCUGUCUACUUCCACCCGGACACUUAUCACUGUGCCCGGCUGGCAGCGGGGGCUGCACUGCAGCUGGUUGAUGCAGUGCUAACAGGAGCUGUGCAAAAUGGGCUUGCUCUGGUGAGGCCUCCAGGGCACCAUAGUCAGAGGGCAGCUGCCAAUGGAUUCUGUGUGUUCAACAAUGUGGCUAUAGCAGCCAAAUAUGCCAAGCAGAAAUAUGGGCUGCAGAGGAUUCUCAUUGUCGACUGGGAUGUCCACCAUGGCCAGGGCAUCCAAUAUAUCUUCAAUGAUGACCCCAGUGUCCUUUAUUUCUCCUGGCACCGCUAUGAGCAUGGAAGCUUCUGGCCAUUCCUCCCAGAGUCUGAUGCAGAUGCAGUUGGCCAAGGGCAGGGCCGAGGUUUCACUGUCAAUUUGCCCUGGAACCAGGUUGGGAUGGGAAAUGCAGACUAUUUGGCUGCCUUCCUGCACGUGCUGCUCCCGCUGGCCUUCGAGUUUGACCCUGAGUUGGUGCUGGUGUCAGCAGGAUUUGACUCUGCUAUCGGCGACCCUGAGGGGCAGAUGCAGGCCACACCUGAGUGCUUUGCCCAUCUCACACGGCUGCUGCAGGUGCUGGCUGGUGGCCAGAUUUGUGCCGUGUUGGAGGGCGGAUACCACUUGGAGUCCUUAGCACAGUCAGUGUGUAUGAUGGUGCAGACACUGCUUGGCGACCCCACACCUCCCCUUCUUGGUCUCAUGGUGCCGUGUCAGAGUGCCCUGGAGUCCAUCCAGAGUGUCCGGACAGCCCAGACCCCUCACUGGACAAGCCUCCAGCAAAAUGUGGCCCCAGUUCUGAGUCCCAGCACCCAGUCUCCUGAAGGGAGAUCUCUGCCUCUGCUUGGUGAGAGUCCCACAUGUGCAGUAGCAGAGGAUUCACUGAGUCACCUCCUGGACAGACUGUGCCUCCACCCUCCAUCUCCAGUCUGCACAGCUGUGGCCUCGACUGUGCCAGGUGCUGCUCUGGCCUUGCCUCCUGGAGUGCUCCAUAAAGAAGGGUCAGUCUUGAGGGAGGAGACUGAAGCCUGGGCCAGGCUUCACAAGUCCCGGUUCCAGGAUGAGGACCUUGCCGCACUGGGGAAGACUCUGUGUCUCUUAGAUGGAAUCCUGGAUGGGCAGAUAAGAAGUGCCAUAGCAACCACAUCUGCCCCUGCCACAGCAGCAACUUUGGAUGUGCUCAUUCAGCGAUGCCUAGCCCACAGAGCUCAGAGGCUGCUCUGUGUGGCUCUGGGACAACUGGAUCGACCCCUGGACCUUGCAGAUGAUGGGAGAAUUCUGUGGCUCAACAUCCGGGGCCAGGAGGCAGCCAUCUGGUCCAUGUUCCACUUCUCCACUCCACAGCCACAGACAACUGGAGGGUUUCUGAGCCUCAUUUUGGGUCUAGUACUGCCCUUGGCCUAUGGCUUCCAGCCUGACAUGGUGUUGAUGGCACUGGGGCCUACCCAUGGCCUGCAGAACGCCCAAGCUGCUCUCUUGACUGCAAUGCUUCGGAGCCCAGUAGGAGGCCGAAUUCUAGCCGUAGUGGAAGAGGAAUCCAUACUUCAGCUUGAAAGGACCCUGGCACAGGCAUUGCAUGGGGAAACACCUCCCAGUCUGGGCCCUUUCUCGAUGGCCUCUCCAGUGGAGAUCCAGGCUCUUACGUUUCUAAAAGCUCAGCUGAAGGCUCGGUGGAAGUUGCUGCAGGUGGCUGCUCCUCCACCACAACCGUGACCGCCAGUCGCUUGAAAUCGGUCAAGGUGGGCGAUUCCUUCUUGAAGAGCACACUCGGGCCCCAGCGAACCAUGGCCGGAGACCUACGUCCCGUCUGCGGCCCAGGCUUCCUACCUCCAGAACAAUAAAUAUCGGCUAAACAAAACACA